CUCCAACGGUGUUAUUGCUAAUGGCGUCACUUCGGCUCUCUCCCCAUAACAGACGCUCUGCAGUUUGCCUUCUUGACACACCUUUUGUUGUCUCGCCGAGCUAGAGUCGGCCAGCGGUUGCUAGCGAGCAUCACCAGCCUCAACUAACGUUACGUGAAGUUGGGGCAAAAGAGUAACUCCGAAGCCGUGGGAGCCACGAAGAGACGGCCGACACCCUGCCAGGAUGAGUGGUGAUGGUAUGAACCCAGCUGCAGUGGCUCAGCCAGUAGAGGAUGUCCAAGGAGAUGACCGGUGGAUGUCACAGCACACCAGGUUCGUGCAGGAGUGCAAGGAUGCUGAACCAGAAGUGCUUUUUGUGGGAGAUUCUAUGAUACAACUAAUGCAGCAGUAUGAGGUCUGGAGGGAAGUGUUCUCCCCUCUUCAUGCGCUCAACUUUGGCAUCGGAGGAGACACCACCUGUAAUGUGCUGUGGAGGCUACAGAAUGGAGAGCUGCAAAACAUCCAUCCCAAGGUGGUGGUGUUGUGGGUGGGAACCAACAAUUACAAACACACAGCAGAGCAGGUUGCAGGAGGAAUUCUUGCUAUUGCCCAGCUGCUUACCUCCCGCCUCCCCAAUGCAAAGGUAGUUGUGAUGGGUUUGUUGCCUCGAGGGGAGCAACCCAACCCACUGAGGCAGAAGAACGCGGCGGUGAACGACUUCCUGCGCUCCUGGCUGCCCCGCCUGGGCCAAGCUCUGCUCCUGGAUGUGAGCGGGGGGUUCGUUCACUCCGACGGAGCCAUCCACUCGCAGGACAUGUUUGACUUCCUCCACCUGACGUCGACAGGCUACCGCACCAUGGCGAAGGCCCUCAGCGACCUGUUGCUGCAGAUACUCAACGAGGCGCCAGAGGACAAGCGCGCGCCGCCGGUUUGAGGGCCGAGCGGCACGUCUAUCCAGAGACGUGUCUCACCCGCUGCUAUGGGAGGCGGGGUGAGACAUGUCCCUGCUGUCUGGAGGAGGAAUGGCUCACUCGUGAGGGUGAGACACCCCAAUGUGAGUGGGCCCAGGAGAGGAGUGGGAUCACAUUCAUGGGCGGAGGGUGCUGAAGAGGGGGAGAGACCUCACUACAGAUGUAGACACUGUGACUGCAGUAGUAACUUCUAUUGCGAGAUGAUUUACAAAGUCAGACUUCUCUGAAUAACAAACGGAUAUAAAAUGGCCUGUGGAUAAAAUGACUGUUUACCUCAGUCAUCAGUGCAGAGGAAAUAUGAUAGAAAUAGAAAAACAAUCGUAUUUCCUCCCCCGUGUUUUGUUUGAUAUCAGCAAAGCCGUUAGCUGUGCAGCUUCUCUAUUAACACUUUAGAAGUCCAGUGCACGGCAUACUCGCAGUAGGCAGAACAUUAUCUAACAUUGAGCAGUGGUUCCCAACCCAGUCAGUGGUACUGCUGAGAUGUAUUGUAGUGAGCAGUAUUUAACAACAACAAAAACAGCUCUCAAUGAGGCAAACGUCAUGUAAAAUAAUUACACAAAUGUAUUCUGAUAGUUUUGUUUGUCCAGUCGUUUGUGCGUGCUAUUUCAUAUACACUGCAAAACCAGGAGCACUUAUACUUCUAAAUGUUCACUUUCGAACUAAUUGGUUGUCUUUUUAAAUGGCUAAUCGACAUAAAUCAGAUCAAUGUAUAUCUGGAGAGUUAACUACUUUCCCACAAAGUACACUCACUGCUUCAUCCUUGUGUCACCUAAAAGCAUCACUGAACUAAAUGUGCACCUGAAACUUGAUGUUAUAGACUGCAUGCUUUUCAAAACAUGAAGUCAAAAUCACGUAUUCAUUCAUAGUCGUCAGUGAUGUGAGACAAACACUCCCCACCCUGUCGCUCCCACCCGGCUAGUGUAUUUACAUUUUACUUGUAGAAUUACAUUUCACUAUUUGUGUGCAGAUCUAUUUACUGUGACUAUUCAUACGUUUAGUUUUGUCAAACUAAGACCUGCCAGCUUUGAAAGUGUUGCUCCGAACAACUUGUUGACUGUUAACUGGAUAUCUUGAAUAGAAACAAAUAUGUCAAGGACCGUGUGUGUACACUGUUUUUCAGUCAUGAUACACUUCUAGUAAAGCACUUGAUUUUAUUUUUUCACAACCUAUAAAGACAAAACAGUAGAGACUUCAGCUCCAGCACUCCUUUCAUCUCAUUUUGCUGACCACAAGUUACUCCUCCCUCUCCCUCCUAAAUACAUAAAUAUACAGUAUUUUAUCUUAAAAGCACAUCUUUAUUCUGUUUCUCCCCUCUUUUAUCUCUCCGUGUUUGUUGUUGUUGUUGUUGUUGUUGACUCUCACCCUGCCUGGGCCCUGGCAUUUUCAUGUGGUGGAGUUACUGGAUAUAUUUUGGAGUAAAAAGUAGCCACACGGUUAAGCUACUAAUGACGCUUCGACUGAAUAUUGUCACGCUAAAUGCUAAAAAGCAAACACGGGUCAUGUUAAAAAAAAAAAAAUUUGUUUGUGAGCUUCUACUGUAGCUUAGUUAUUUCUUCUGUUCAAAUCGCGGCUGAGAGUCUCUGGAUCGUCGACAUCCUCUGACGCUCCUGCUGUCUUAAGGUGUGUGUGUGUGUGUGUGUGUGUGACCCCGGCUAUAUAUAAGAGGUGUGAAGCUUGAGGAAGUGAUGCUUGAAGGGGGGUUCAGAUUGUGGGAGUGUGUGUUUGGUGCGAUACAGCAUUUGCACUGUUUUGGCUCGUUGUCAUGUUAUUGAGGUAAAGCAUUCCAAUAAAAACAAAGACGGAUCUAA